UAUUGUUUAUGUUUUGUUAUUAUGUGAUUUGUCUUCAUGUUUUCUCGUUUUGCUUGUGUUUUGAUUCGGGAAAUGAGGAGUUAACUGUUGUAUUGUUAGCCUAGUUUAUAAAAUCAGUGUUAUUCGUAUAGACACUGACCGUAAGGCCUAAUGAUUGCAUUUUUAGACAUUAGUACAAAAGAAAACUAAUUAUUCUACUAACUAUUCUUGUCACAAGUUGCAAGCAUAUUUUCUUGUGACUGCACAUUUCGUGCUGAAAUGGAAGAUGCACAACUGCUGCAAGAGAAAUUGUAUUUUUUAUUGGAACAAUUGCAAAAUAUGGCGAGAGAUUUACCUCCUAAAUAUCAAAUGAGGCUGCCAUAUGAAUUAUUAUCUAGUCUAGCGAAUUGUUUACUGAAUGAAACUGUGUUUGAAAUAGUAAGAGGUCUACUAGAAAUACAACAUGUUACUGAACAACAUCUAUAUCAACAAAGGCUUCAAUUUAUAAAUAAAAAGAAGAUACAGGAACAAGAAAUUCUGAAACAAUAUGAACAUGACACAGAUAAGAAAAUAGAAGAACUACAGAAAUUCAUGAUACAGCAGAAAGAAGAACUAAAAGCUUUUGACAUGAACUUGGUUCUGCAGCUGGAUCAAAAGGUAGCUGACCAACAAGAAAUAUUAGAGAAAGCAGGAGUACCUGGAUUUUAUGUGACCAAAAAUCCCCUUGAAAUAAAAGUUCAGAUGCAUUUAUUAGACUUUCUUUUAAGAUUGAGUAGAAUGCCAAUGCCUGUUUGAUGGUAUUUUUAAGAUAUUUAUUGUCCGAUGCUGCCAGGGACGAGGAGAAAGAGACUCCUACAUCCCUUUCUAAACCUUAAAAAUAUUGAAAAAUAUUUUUGAGAAUUCGAGACUGCUAAUGAUGUAAAGUUU